UGUGAGGCGCAUCGCAUACCAUUUUCCCCUCCCCCUUCCAGAGGAGAGAGAGAGAGAGAGAGAGAAGGAAAGAUAAGCUCAGCUCGCAAGCAAGAAAGAGAAGAUGCGGAGCCCACGAGGAGGCGGCGUGCGCGCCCAGGAGCACGUCGAUCUGAUCCCGGGCAUCCCCGACGACGUCGCCGUCGACUGCCUGGCGCGCGUGCCCCACGCGUCCCACCGAGCGCUGCGCCGGGUCUGCCGCGGCUGGCGGAGCGCCGCCGCCGCGCCGGCCUUCGCCUCGGCGCGCGCCGCCGCGGGCGCCACGGAGGACCUCGUCUACCUGCUGCAGUUCGGGAACCCGUCCGCCGCCGACGACGGGGGGCCCAAGGACGACGGCGACGGCGACGCGCCGGCCAGCACCCCCGCCUACGGCGUCGCGGUCUACAACGUGACGACGGGCGAGUGGCGCCGGGAGCGCGGCGCGCCGCCCGUGGUGCCCGUGUUCGCGCAGUGCGCCGCUGUGGGGACCCGCGUGGCGGUGCUCGGGGGCUGGGACCCGCGCACCUUCGAGCCCGUCGCCGACGUCCACGUCCUCGACGCCGCCACCGGCGAGUGGCGCCGCGGCGCGCCCAUGCGCACCGCGCGGUCCUUCUUCGCGUGCGCCGAGGCCGGCGGCAAGAUCUACGUCGCCGGCGGCCACGACAAGCACAAGAACGCGCUCAAGACGGCCGAGGCCUACGACGCCGGGGCCGACGCCUGGGACCCGCUCCCGGACAUGUCGGAGGAGCGGGACGAGUGCGACGGCAUGGCCACCGUGGCGGGCGACCGCUUCCUCGCCGUCAGCGGGUACCGCACGGCGCGGCAGGGCGGGUUCGAGCGCGACGCCGAGUGGUUCGACCCCGCCGCGCGGGCGUGGCGGAGGCUGGAGCGCGUCCGGGCGCCGCCUUCCGCGGCGCACGUCGUCGUCCGGGGCCGCGUCUGGUGCAUCGAGGGCAACGCCGUGAUGGAGUGGAUCAGCCCCCGCCGCGGGUGGCGCGAGGUCGGGCCAUACCCGCCCGGGCUCAAGGCCGGCACGGCGCGCGCCGUCUGCGUCGGCGGCGGCGAGAAGGUGGUCGUCACGGGGGCCCUCGACGUGGAGGGCGGAGGCGGACGGCACGCGCUCUGGGUGUUCGAUGUCAAGACCAAGAGCUGGACCGUGGUGCGUCCGCCGCCGGAGUUCGCCGGCUUCGUCUUCUCCGUCGCGUCCGUCCGCAUCUGAAGAUCUGGAUCUCGGCCCCCAGCCACGAUCCGCCCCCAUCGACCAAGAAAAGGAACAAAAGAAAUCAAGGCUACUACUACUAGUACGUGUGUUUCCGUGCACCGUGUCCGCCAUUGCUGGAUCUGAGAUCUGCGCGUCCGCCAUGGAUCUACGCAUCUGCUUGGAUACUAGUAUGCCCGUGCCAUACAUCGGAGGAGUUGAAGGAAGGAAGGAGAGCCCCCGAUCGACGCCAGAUCCACGGAUCGAGCCGUGGGUGUAAAAAAUCCAAAAAAGAUCCGUCCUUUGUUGCUGGUGGUGAGUGUUCCCGAUGAGAUGAGAUGAGAUGAGAGACGAGUGUGGUGUUUUUGUCCCGAGGUGAAGGACGCAGACUAUUUUCUUGCUGUUCUUGUCCUACAGCCAUGCGUUGCUAGCCGAGUAAUAACAGCCACUACUGUAGAUACUACUACUGCUAUUGUAAGAUCCAAGCUCGGCUCUUGUGAUCCAGAUCUGAUUCAUGGCCGCGGCCGAUGAGCAAGCGAUCUGCUUCAUAAGCAGAUCUCAUCCCAGUUCUUCCAUUUCCGUCGCCGGCGGCUCGCAGGCGUUGAACUUGAACUAAAAAAGCCGCCGUUGAACAGGAUGCGGUUUUGC